GAGUCAUCGAGAUUAGCCCAUCAUCACACUUUCUUUCGUGUUAACCUAAUCGCACCAGAACAACAACAACAACAACGAGACCAAAGUUCCGAUCGUGUAAAACACUUUUCGGAUCUCCAACCGAUCACACAAACAAACAGACGACGAUACAAGAAAGAACGAAAGAGACAUCAAACUAAUGAGAUCAAAUGGAUGUAGCUACACCCAUUAACAACAAUAUUGGCUACUGUUUGUUUAAUUGCUUGCAUUCGACGUUCUCGUUGUUUUCAAUCGAUUUCCCCCAACGACCAUGAUCAUUUCCUCACUAAAACCCAUCAUCGGAUCUCAAUUGCAGAUCCCCUUUUACUCCAACAACAUCGUCAUCGUUUUCUUUUCUUUUUCCUCACUUUCAAAUCAUGGAUCCUUCAACGUCUCGUCCCGCUGUAGUGAUCGACAACGGCACCGGGUAUACUAAAAUGGGUUUUGCGGGUAACGUGGAGCCCUGCUUUAUUACUCCAACUGUCGUUGCAGUCAAUGAAUCAUUCAUAACUCAGCCCGCUCGUGGCUCUAGUAAGGGAAGUAGCAGUUGGAUGGCACAACACAGUGCUGGUGUAAUGGCUGAUCUUGAUUUCUUUAUCGGGGAAGAAGCAUUAUCCAAAUCAAGAACUAGUAGUACUUACAAUCUAACCUACCCGAUCAAAUACGGACAGGUGGAAAAUUGGGAUGCGAUGGAACGGUUUUGGCAGCAGUGUAUUUUUAAUUACCUGCGAUGCGAUCCGGAGGAUCAUUACUUUUUAUUGACUGAAAGUCCACUAACUCCUCCAGAAAGUAGGGAGUAUACCGGCGAGAUUAUGUUUGAGACGUUUAAUGUUCCAGGGCUUUAUAUUGCAGUGCAACCGGUGCUUGCUUUGGCUGCUGGAUACACAACAUCUAAGUGUGAGAUGACAGGUGUUGUAGUAGAUGUUGGAGAUGGGUCCACUCAUGUUGUACCUGUGGCAGAAGGUUACGUUAUCGGUAGCAGCAUUAAGUCACUACCGAUUUCGGGAAAAGACGUUACUCUCUUUGUUCAACAACUCAUGCGUGAAAGAGGGGAGCAUAUUCCUCCCGAAGAUUCACUUGAAGUAGCUCGAAAGAUUAAGGAGACUUAUUGCUACACAAGUUCUGACAUUGUUAAGGAGUACAAUAAGCAUGAUAAGGAACCAUCCAAAUACAUUAAACAAUGGCGAGGUAUUAAACCGAAGACCGGGGCACCGUAUUCAUGUGAUGUUGGCUAUGAACGGUUUCUUGGUCCCGAGAUUUUCUUUAAUCCUGAGAUAUACAAUAGCGAGUUUACAACCCCUUUACCUGCUGUAAUAGACAAGUGUAUUCAGUCUGCACCAAUUGACACAAGAAGGGCUUUAUACAAGAAUAUAGUGUUGUCUGGAGGAUCGACCAUGUUUAAGGAUUUUCAGAGAAGGCUGCAAAGGGAUACAAAGAAGAUUGUCGAUGCACGAGUUCUUGCAUCGGGCUUGAGGCAUAAUGGUGAAGUAAAAGCACAGCCAGUUGAAGUCAACGUAGUCAGCCAUCCUAUCCAGAGAUAUGCUGCGUGGUUUGGAGGAUCGGUUCUUGCAUCCACGCCAGAAUUUUUUACGGCUUGCCAUACUAAAGCGGAGUAUGAGGAAUACGGCGCAAGCAUAUGCAGAACAAAUCCUGUUUUCAAGGGAAUGUAUUGAUCCGGGAUCCGUUUUUUUUUCUUGUUCAUGUUUUGUGUACAUUUUGCAGAAUAGGUGUACACUAGUCGUUUCGUUUCUUGUAAGGAAAAAAAAAAGAUGAACUUUAUUGUAUUCUUUCAUUAAGAAGCAAAUAGGUUUUGUUUUAUAGGAUUUCCCAGUUAAGUAUUUGUUUCUGUAAGGUUAACUUAUAAGGUGACACAAGUUGAGCAGAUAAAGGUGUCUUCAGUAUUUGUU